AUGGCAGACUAUGAUAUGUUUGAUAUGAUGUCUGACCUCUUGACAGAGGCUCAAGCACAAGGACAAUCACAAAAACAGAAUGUUCAAGAUUCAUAUCUAGUCGCUCAACCAAGCAAUAGUAGACAAAGAAGACAAGAAAGACAACAACAACAACAACAAGUACCAGCAGCAGGACAAGAAGAAGAAGAUGACGAUGAAAAUAAUGAUAUCGAUGAUGACUUGUAUGAAGAUAAAGCAAAGAGUAAAAGACAAAAGAAAAAGGAACAAGAUAGACAAGAGGAAAGAGAAAAACAACAAUAUGAACGAUACGAUCCCAACGCUCCAAAGAAAAGAAAGUAUCAAGAUGAAGGUGAAGAAGAAGAACAACAAGUAGAAGGAGAAGAAGGAGAAGAAGAAGAAGAAGAACAAGUAGUUAAAAAGAAAAAGGUUGUACCUGAAAUCAUAUUCCCAGCGGAUGUUAGAUUAUUCCUCGGAGGAUUAUCUCUUACUGUCAGUCAAAAUGAUUUAGAUUCGUUAUUUAAAUCAUCGGUUAAAGAUUGCGAGGUUCGUAACCUUGAAUUUGUACAUGAUGCCAUCAAAGGUCAUUACAAAGGUUUUGCCUAUUCAACCGUUUAUUUUGUUGAUAAACCUUCUUUAUUAAAAAUAUUUAAUGAUUUAAAUCAAACAAAAUGGAAAGGAUCAAUGAUUACAAUUCAAAAAGCAAGAGAGAAUUAUCAAGACAAAUUAAAGAAAAUACAUGAAGAAAUUGCACAAGAUGAAUUAAAGGAAAAGGAAUUGGAAGAGGAAAGAAUGAGAAUAGAGGAAGAGGAUUUUAUCAAGAGAAGAAAUGAAGAUGCUGCUAUGAUGCAAAGCAAGAGAAGAGUAACAAACAAAAUCCUCCAUUCCUAUUUGGACAAGAUCAAGAGAAUGGCUCAAGAAUACUAUCGUGACAAUCCAAUUGCUCCAGGUAAAUUCUACUUUGACGACAAGAAACAACUCCAAAGAAAGAAAACAUCAGUCCUCGACGCUUUAUUGGAGGAUGAAGACGAAACCAACAACUAUACAUCAAACAAGGCUGUUUCAUUUGAUGAUCAACAAGAUGGUGACUAUGAUUAUAAUGAACAAGAUCAAUAUUAUAAUAAUGGUCAAGACAAUAGUUAUUAUAAUAACGGAUAUUAUCAAGAUCAAUAUGGACAAGGAGAAGAUCAAUAUUAUAAUAAUGGUCAAGAAGAAGAAGAAGGAGCAGGAGGAGAAGAUUUUGAAAUCAAAAAGAUGACUAGUGAGGAAGGUGAAAGAAAGAGACAAGAAGCCUUUAAAAAGAGAAGAAUUGAAAUGCAAAAGGCUUCAAAGGCUAAUAUAUACAUUACUCACAAGGAAGAGGAUCUUGUAACAUUUAGUGAUGAUGAAGAUGGUAAUCCUAAAGUAAAACAACAAGAUCUACAACAAUAUUAUGAAGAUGAUUAUAAUGGAUAUGAUAAUAAUAACAAUGGUUAUAAUGGUUAUAAUGGUUAUGAUAAUAAUGGAUAUGAUAAUAAGAAAAAUAAUAGAAGAAAUGAUAAAUAUCAAAAUAAUUAUGAAAAUUAUGAUAACAAUAAUAAUAACGGAUAUGGAGAUGAAAGUAAUAAUAAUGGAUAUGAUAAUAAUUACAACGGAUAUGAUAACAAUAACAAUAAUGGAUAUGGUAAUGAUCAAUAUUCAAAUGAUAAUAAUAACGGAUAUGAUAACAACAACAACAAUAAUAAUAGAUUUGGUAAAAAGAAUGAUAGAUUUAAUAAUAAUAAUUAUGAUAAUAAUGGAUAUGAUCAACAACAAGAACAACAACAACCAUAUGGUCAAAAGAAUAAUAGAUCCAAUAAUAGAAAUAAUAAUUAUCAACAACAACAACAACAAGUUGUACCAGUUGCAAGACCAUGGGUUAAAAUCCAAAGAUAUGAUCCAAAUUGUACAAAGAGUCAAUCAUUUGUUGUCCUUCGUUCUAAAAAGGAUAAUAGUAUUAUUCAACCAGCUCAACCUGCACAACCUGCCCAACCAGCAAGACCAAAACAACCAGAUUUCAGUAGUGAAUAUGAAAUCAAUGAAGAUGAAGCCAAUAAUGAUGAUGACGCUGGAUUGACACCCAAACAAUUAAGACAAAAACAACAAAGACAAGAACACAAACUACAUAAACAACAUCAACAACAAGAACAAGAACCACAACAAAAAGAAGAAACAGCUGCACCAAAAGAAGAAAAGAAAAAGGAAAUUGAAAAUCCACUUGCAGCCAUCAAAGUCAUGUCAUCUUGGAAAUCAUUAUUUGCCAAGAAACCAGCAGUAGUCGAACAAGAACAACAAGAGGAAAAACCAACCACCACAACAUUGGCUGAUGAAAUUGAACGUCCAGUUGGAGGAUUCAAUAUCUUUUCAUUAUUUGGUAUUAAAAAGGAUGAAGAACCAACUCCUUCUUCUACUACUACAACUGCCACUGCUUCAACUACUACCACCACAUCAAGGAAACCAAAGAAAUCAUUCUUUGAAUAA